AUGGAGUUCUUUGGUUUUACUGAAAUGCAUUACUCUGUGUUGGUCUUCGGUCUUCUCACAUUCACAGGAGUUCAGGGAGGUGAUGUGUGUGUGUCGGGACACGACAGCGGGCCUGUGUUUGAGGAACAGCCCAGCGGUGUCAUUUACCCAGAGGGGCUUACAGAAGGAAAAGUGACCCUGAGCUGCAGAGCUCGAGCCAACCCGGCUGCAUCGUACAGAUGGCUGGUGAACGGAACAGAAGUGCCACUGGGGUUGGACACUCGUUACGGUCUCGUGGCUGGAAGUCUGGUGAUCAGCGGACCUGAGCCGAGCCAGGACACCGGCUCAUACCAGUGUCUCGCCAUCAACCGCUGCGGCACCAUCCUCAGUCAGGCUGCCAACCUCAAAUUUGGCUACCUUCACGACUUCUCCCCGGACAUCAGGAGUCCGCAGACGGCUUAUGAAGGUGUGGGGACGUUUAUGCCCUGCCAGCCCCCUCCUCAUUACCCGGCACUUUCCUAUCGCUGGUUCAUCAACGAUUUUCCAAAUUUCAUCAAAAAGGACAAUCAGCGGUGGUUUGUGUCCCAGGUCACAGGAAACUUGUACGUGGCCAAGGCAGAACCGAACGAUACUGGCAACUACUUCUGCUUCACCACGGUCAACAUGGAUGCCAGCACCAAGAGCACAUUCAGCAAAGCCAACCCGCUCACCGUGGUGGCAGACGCGAAUGCUCGAAAGUCUUCUCCAAACAUCGUGGUGCGGUUUCCGGCCGACACUUAUGCUCUGGCCGGACACACGGCACAGCUGGAGUGUUUCGCAUACGGAAAUCCAGUGCCAAAGAUCAGGUGGAGGAAAAUGGACGGUCUGGUGCCUUCCAAAGCCGGCUCCAGUGUGGACGGACCGGCUCUGGUUCUUCCAGAUCUGUCGUUUGAUGACGAGGGGCAGUAUGAAUGUGAGGCCUACAACACCGAAGGCAGUGACUCGUAUCAAGGAAGGAUUAAUGUACAAGCUCAGCCUCAGUGGCUGCAGGUGAUGAGUGACUCUGAGGUGGAGAUCAGCUCAGAACUGCACUGGAGUUGUGUUGCUUCGGGAAAACCACGGCCCACAGUCCGCUGGCUCCGCAACGGACUGCCUCUAACCACACAACCGCAGGAUCGACUGGAGGUAAACGGACAUCAGCUCAAAAUCAGUAACCUGGCUUUGGAAGAUUCCGGCAUGUACCAGUGUGUGGCAGAGAACAAGCACGGCACCAUCUACUCCACCGCGGAGCUCAGGGUCCAGGUCCAAGUUCCAGACUUUAGAUCAAACCCGGUGAAAAAGCUGAUCCCAGCCGCCAGAGGGGGCGAGGUGAUGAUCGAGUGUCGACCUCGAGCGGCACCGAAACCCAGUCUCUUCUGGAGCCGCGGGACUGAGCUGCUCAUCAACAGCAGCAGAGUCACAGUAACUCCGGAUGGUUUACUACGGAUUUACAACAUCAGUCGAGCAGAUGAAGGAAAAUACACGUGCUUUGCUGAAAACUACCUUGGAAAAGCCAACAGCACCGGUCACCUUUCUGUCAGAGAUGCCACAAAGAUCACCCUGGCACCGUCUAACGCCGACAUAAACCAAGGUGAGAAUGUGACCAUGCAGUGCCAUGCUUCCCACGACCCCACAAUGGACCUGACCUUUACAUGGGCCCUCAAUGGGGUCCCACUGGAUCUGGAGCACCCAUCUGGACCGUACUUCCGAAUAGAAGGGAAAGAGACCAUCGGUGAUUUGUUGAUCGUAAGCACCCAGCUCAAUCAGGCGGGAGUGUAUACCUGCACGGCACAGACCGUGGUGGACAGUGCUUCAUCUUCGGCUAAACUAGUGGUGCGAGGCCCCCCUGGACCUCCUGGUGGGCUACUCGUGAGAAACGUGGCAGAGACUUCGGUUGAGCUGAGAUGGAGCCGAGGGUACGACAACCACAGCCCCAUCGGGAAAUACGUAAUCAUGGGUGGCUCCUCCCUCAGCGCCGAGUGGAAGAGGAUGAGGACAGAUCCAGUGAACAUUGAGGGGAAUGCAGAGGUGGCCCAGGUCAUUGGACUAAUACCAUGGAUGGAUUAUCAAUUCCAGGUCAUUGCCAGCAACAUUCUGGGCAGCGGAGAGCCCAGUUUGCCCUCAAAGACAGUCCGCACCAUGCAAGCAGCUCCCACGGUGGCGCCCAGUGGUCUUGGAGGAGGAGGCGGGGAUCGUGGUGAGCUGAUAAUUACCUGGACGCGCAUGGCACGAGAAUAUCAAAACGGCAACGGUUUUGGGUACGUGUUGGCUGUGAAGGAGAAGGAUUCACCGUCACCGUGGAAUCUGGUGCGGGUUCCUGACGUGGAGUCGUCUCGAUACGUCUACGUCAACAGCAGCCAGGAGCCGUACAGUCCCUUCGACGUCAAGAUCAAGGCCUUCAACCAGCGAGGGGAGGGGCCCUUCAGUCAGAUCGCAGUGGUGUACUCUGCAGAGGAGGCUCCGACCGUGGGUCCUCAGAGCAUUAAUGCCACUGCACUCACAGCUUUCGAGGUCCUGGUUUCAUGGGAUCCUGUGCAGCCGCUCAGUGCAAAUGGAAUCCUCCGAGGAUACGAGAUCCGGUACUGGAGGCAGCACGAGCGGGAGGCAGCCGCAGACCGAGUGCGGAUCGUGGGACAACAGUCUUUCGCCAGAGUCCCCGGUCUCAGGCCCAGCACCCGGUACCAUGUGGCUGUUCUGGCGUACAACAGCGCCGGGACCGGACCCCUGUCUCCUCGAACCACCGUCACCACCAGGAAACCACCUCCCAAUCGUCCUCCUGCAAAUGUUUCCUGGAAAACCCAAAGCUCGUCUCUGUCGCUGAGGUGGGACCCGGUCGUCGCUUUCCACAACGAGUCUGCAGUGUUGGGAUACAAAGUUUUGCUCAAGCACGACGGUCAAACCACGCUGAAGGUUCUGGAUAAAACCAAGACCUCGGCGAGCCUUCCACUGGACAAAGACUACGGCUACGUGGUUCUGGAGAUCCGCUCGUGGGGAGAAGGCGGCGAUGGCCCGGCGCAUGACAUCAUCGUGUCUCAAGAAUCAGGCACUGGAAUGAUGGUUCAGAGCGGCGCCCACUCUGCGUUGCCACCCAAGUGUGGUUUUUAUGACCCAGACGAGAGGGAGAUUUAUCACAGAGAGGCCCAAAGCAGCUUAUCUUGA